CUAGAGACAGUUAUAACACUCCAGAUUCGCUACCGCGCGCACCUCAAGUGAAAAGAAUGCAGUUUCCCCUAGUCUUGUUCUCGCUGCUGUUCGUUGCCCAUGUGGGACAACAUGUUCGCGGCGCGUCCGUCAGACUUGUCAGUAACAACUUGGAAGUAAAUGGUACAAUGGAGCUAAUUUUUCACGAGGCGAAGGAGAGGGUUUGGGCUGGAUUAUCCAAUGACCAUCGCUACCCUAUCAUCAACAGCGGAGACCGGAUUGCGCUGAAGAUGUCCUACACUUGGGGAAGUGACAAGCAAAACUACAUGUACUGCACUGCAAGCUACUGCUACCGAAGUAACUGCCCUGGGGAAACAGUUUUUAAGUCAAACAAGUGGUCAAGUUGCAGAGCCAUGACUUACAUCAUCCGAGCGAUCGGGAAGUCGGACGGUCAGCCAAUCAACAGCGGAGACAUGGUCUACAUCUCAUCUGGUUACUAUAGCAACAGCUACCGUCUUGUAUGCUCAACCUCCACCUCGUACAAUUGCAGAUUCAAUUCCAUCGGCGACAGCGCAUUCCAAGGCAACAACUGGUUCGGGUACAGCUACGCCAUCUUUCAGAUCUUCUCCCGCCGAUCAGUUGACGGUACCCCAGUGCAGUACGGCGACAUAGUGGGGUUCCGCUACCCUUACUACUACGCGUACACCUGGCUGUACUAUAAUGGUGGAUACUGGUACGCGCGCAGCUGUAGCUACAAUAACAAGUACUCGUGCGUGAGAACCAACUCCCCCACGGGCUUCCAGAUCUUCAAGCCUCUGUAGAGAACAGUCCAGAGAGUAUGACGGCAUCUAAGAUAAUAAUAAGGAGCUAUGAGAAGGAGUAUUCAUGGUGUAAAAUAUAAAAUAAAUAUUCUGCCGAGAUAUCAAUUAAGAAUAUCAAACAAAAA